UAAGAGGGAUUUCAUAAAAGUGGGAAUUUUUAAGGCAACCUUACUUCAAGGUUGGCAACACUGCGCGAAGUCCACCAUUUUGUUUUUGAUUUAGAAGCGUUAGCAGCUCAUUUUACUGCUAAAUUAAUAUUAACAUUUAAAUUGUAGAUUAAUAAUAAUUAUUGGUGGAUAGUGUAAUUAGUUUUAUUAGUGUGUACAAGAGGUGGGCCCUCAUCAUGUCUAGGCAUUCUGAUUGUAAAAUUUAUGUCGGAGACCUAGGAAACAGUGCUUCGAAGCAAGACAUCGAAGAUGCUUUUAAAUAUUACGGACCACUCCGUAAUGUUUGGGUAGCACGGAAUCCGCCAGGCUUCGCAUUCGUGGAGUUCGAAGAUCCCAGAGACGCCGAAGAUGCUAUCAGAGGACUAGAUGGUCGUAGAGUCUGCGGUCGAAAAGCGCGAGUAGAAAAAUAUGGCAGAACGGUGUGCGGUAGGCGCGCUAGAGUGGAAAUGUCUAACGGUAAAAGCGGCGGAAGAUAUAGAGGACCGCCGCCGAGAUCUCGCGGAAAGCCUUUCCAUCCCGAUGAUAGAUGUUACGAGUGCGGAGAUAGAGGACAUUACGCAAGAGAUUGUACUAGAUACAAACGAGGAGGACGUCACAGGUCUCGAAGUCGUUCCAGAAGUCGUUCGAGGGACCGCAGAACCCGCAGCAGAAGCAACUCCCGCUCGCGCAGCCGUUCCAGGAACCGUUCUCGAUCCGAUUCCAGGAAAAGGAGUCGCAGCCGUUCUCGUACCAACGAUAAGCGUUCAAGGUCUAAAUCUCAUUCUAGAUCAAGGUCGCGCAGCAGGUCUACUAAUAAAAAGGACAGCGGAAAUUUUAAGGGGGAUAAUUAACGUCGGCCCGUAUUGAAGAAGCCUAAAAAAUAUUCGACAUGAUGACUAAAAACUGUGUAAAUGUUGCACUCUUAAAUCAAACGGGCAAUCUAAUUUAAAAAAAUGCACUUUAAUCGUUUUAUUUAAUUGAUGGAUGAUUUUUAUUUUUCAAAUAAUCAAGUACGUAAAAGUUGCUGGUUUUGUUACCUUUUUUUUUUUAUUAAUAAUUAAUUUGUCAUGGUAAAAGUUUUGGUUGGUUUUCAUACAUGGCCAUUUAGUGUGUAUAGCCAGUAAUUCGUUGUUAAAACUACAUAGAUAAAGACAAAAUAAUACAGAACCAAAAAGGAUAUAAAAAAAAUGACCAUUCUUAAUGUAGAGUCUGAUUACGAUAAGAAGAACACAACUACGUCAUCAUUUGUGGAAGUAAUUUAUUAGCUAUCGCCGCCUACUAGGGGCUUAAUGUCCUGUUGAUAUUCUAGGAAUGAAGGAAAUAUUUUUUUUAACCCGAUUUAUUAUUUAUUUAUUGAUAGAAAUCAUGGCUAUGAUGUAGCGGUGUUCUUCUUAUUGUAAUCGGAUUCUACUU